GAGAAGAAGAUAUAAGAUGUCUAAGUUCUCUGCCCAGAGCGAGACGGCAAUUCGUUCCAAGGAAUUCAUACAACGAGCAUAUACUAUAUACCUCUACCUAGAAUCUGCAUUUACUCUCUUAACAUGGACAACCAGCCAUCCGACAGACAAGUGACGAUAUCGAUCGUCCCUGAAGUUCGUUCCUGCUACUGCACAAUACCGUCAGGCUCCCGUAAGCUCAUGCAACAACAGACUACCAUCGACCUUCCACGGUCACGAAGCAUUGUGUGCAGCCGAAGUCUUGGGGCAGAUGACUCGGUACAAAUUUCCCGGCCAACACCUUGUGUGCACGUACCUGUCCACGACCAGCCAUGCCAUCUGCUUGGGACAGCGUAUGGCCCUGGUGCUCUUGCUGCCGACGGAGAGACGCGCACAUACUGGUACUGUUGCGGUUGUGGCUAUGGUCCCCACGACUAUGUCUUGCACAAGGCUUGUAUUCUUUGUACACGACCAUGCUGCCCUGCCUGUACCUUUGUCUAUCAUCAGACCUGAUGAAGGGCUGCUGCGCUCCGGAUAUUGAGACCUCG